AAUUACAAUAGUUAAUUCGAAUGAUUUAUUUGUUUGUUCAUUCAUUCAUUUAUUUUUAUUUAUUUACUUUUAUAUUACACAAAUUAAAAUGGUAUUUAAAUGUUUUUUGACCGUUGGGACCCUGCUUGUUCAAUAGACAAGCAAUGCGUUUGUUUUAUAUGUUGCUGUUAUACGUAAUUAUAUCUAGUUAAAGAGUUGAAUGAUAAAUACUGAACAAAACAAUAACUUGGGUAGAUACAAUAUCUUCCUUUCUGUUUUAAGGAGGUGCCUGGUUUCGGUUUAGUGGGUGGAUCAAUUGAAAAUAUGUAACACGAAAUAUUGGACUUUUUUUAUAUAUAUAUAUACUGUUAUUAUUAUUUUUAUUUCCGCUUAUUUAUUUAUAGACGGAACGCAAAGUAACACAUGUUUGUUCCAGCCGGAGCCCUGAAUCAGCCAAUCAGAAAACAUCAUCGCAGGAAUUUCCGUUAAAAAAUACUUCGUCCCAAAACGAAUGGAAUGUGGAUUCUGUCAUCAUACAUUUAUGUGUUUACAGAUGCUUUAGAACUGCAUCAUGAUUAUCGAUUUAUCUUUUUGUUGUCUUGUGGACAUUCAAAGUGGGAAAGUGAACUAGAUUACUAGUAAACUUAAGGUGGCACAGCACUAAACUGGUUAUUUUGCAAUCAAAGCACCGUUAUCUGCCCAGCUUAUCGAUGUAACCUAGUGUGCACUUGACUUACUGCGUUAUAGAGAUUGAGCCUGUGGUACUGCGAUAUAAGGCAGGUGUAAUUCAAGAUCUAGAACUGUCAAUUUACACUCAGCCUAGCGCCACUGUGUGUAAAUUAUAUAGAAUGAACUAUUUUAGUAAUGUUUGAGAGAUAGUGUUGUGUUAAAGGUGAAAAAUAAGCGAUGGACUUCACGGAGUGCUAUGGAGACACCUGUUCAGCCGUCGCGCUGGCAGCCCGGGAAGGGAAAGGUCGACGGGUACAGAAGCUCAUCCAGAGAGGCUUCGCGGUGGACGUAAAAGAUAACCGGGGCUGGAACGCCCUGCAUGAGGCAGCAGCGGCUGGAUCAGCGGAGUGUGUGCGGCUGCUCCUCCCUGCAGCCGUGAAUUGCGAAGACUACGUCAACACUUUGACACACAACUCAGAGACUCCUCUUUACUUUGCUGCGAGGAAUGGACACCUCCGGGCAGUGAAGUGGCUAAUCAAAGGUGGUGCGGACAUUAACAGGACAACCAAUGAGCUCUCUUGUCCCCUCUUUGCAGAUGGUGGGUACAAAGAUGUGGUGGAGCUGCUGGUGCAAAAUGGAGCGGAAGUCAAUGGGACUCACUCGGUUUCCGGCUGGUCUUGUCUCCAUCAAGCUGUUUACAAGGGCCAUACUGAGAUUGUGAGAUUCCUGGUGAGCAUGUGCUCUCUGGAGGCAGUGGAUGACUAUGGGAUCACACCAUUAUUUGUUGCUGCACAAUAUGGACAUCACCAAUGCUUAGAGAUUCUUGCAAAUGCUGGGGCAAAUGUGAACUGCCAAGCAAAUGAUCUGGCCACACCGCUGCUCAUUGCUGCUCAGGAGGGCCACGUACGGUGUGUGGAGGUCUUACUGGCCCAUGGAGCUGACCCCAACCUGUACUGCAAUGAGGACUGCUGGCAGCUACCCAUCCAUGCUGCGGCCCAGUUCAGUCGGCUUAGCAUUUUAGAGAAGCUGAUUCCAGUAACGAAACGAGAAUGUGACCAGGGUGAAGGAAAGGUCAGUCCAGUUUAUUUGGCAGUACUUAGCGGACAAGCGGACAGCCUUCGGGCUUUGCUAAAGAAGGGCUACAGUCCAGAUGCCCAGAGCUGUCGACAGUUUGGCUACAGCUGCCCUUUGGACAUGGCUCUGUGGUGCAACUCUUGGAAUUUGGACAGCGAGUAUCACCAGACACGUGAGAUCACUCUGAUGCUCUUGGCUGCAGGGGCCCACGUAAGCAUGGGCAUCUAUGCCUUUGCAUUACAGGGUCAUGUACCAGAGCACCUGCCCUUGAUCCUGGAGCACGCUGGCCUUCCUCAGGGUGACCGACUCGGAGAGCUGGCCAAUAGAGCCCUUGCUGAGCUGCAGAGUGCCUCUUUUUGGCUCCCCCUGCUGCUCAAAGCAGGAAUGGACCCCAUGCUGCUGCUACAGGACAAAAUGCUUGAAGAAGCUGAGAACAGAGUGCUUAAUUUCUUUCUGGAGUUCAUUAAUUGGAAGACUCUGCCCUCCGCAAUGCUUCAGAUUCUCUCUCACCGUCGAGCAGAUGGCACCUGGACGCCACGGAAGCAUUUUGAAUCAGUCCCUGCCCUCACUCAUCUGUGCAGGCUGGCAGUGCGGGCAUCGGUGGGCAGCAAUGCUCUGUCUAAGACCUCCUUCAUACAACAGCUGCCCGUCCCCACACUGCUCCAGUACUACCUUCAGUUCAGCGACGUCUCAGGCUUGCUUAAAUAGCGGCCUGACUGUCAUCUGUGGCUAAUUAAGUUAUCUCGACUUGCUCCACUGCAGUAUUUUGUAUAUAAUGUUAAUAAAAUUUUAAUGACUGCUCAAUGAA